AUGAACUUGCCAUCAAGGGAGCAGUGUGAGGGGUGGGACCAGAGCCAAGUGGCCUUAUUUAUGGGCAAGCUUCAAAAGAUUGCUCAGAACAUCCAGAAAAAUGAUGCCAGCAACCUGAAUAAACUAAAAAGACUGAAACGCAAACCAGUUCCAGACAUUCCGGUGAGGGACUACAGAGAAGAAAUGGUGGGUCCAGAAAUGUUGUCGGAAUCAGAAUAUGACAAUGAUAUCUACGACAAUCCACGGCAAGUGCACAAUAUCAACUAUGAACCACCUCCCAGCCACAGAGUCUUUACCAGGACGUUAUCUUCAUCCCUCCCUGCAGAGGCCUAUCUUGACGGUUGCAAUUACAGGCCAAACCUGGAACACAGAAAGGCAGUCAAACGAUCCAAAGAACCACAGCGAUCGCACCCACAGCCCACCCAUAUGGGCAGUAAUGAUGAUGACUAUAUCAAUCCAGAUGGCAGUAAUGAGGAUGACAAUUACGUAGUACCUGCUGAGAACCCCCCUUCUGCCCACGAGCCACAGCCGCAGCCCCGCAACCAGCACGGCACGCCAUGGGACCCUCAGCGGCCCACCAAGCCCAGGGCAGGGUCCCCUGCCGGAGCAAGCAACACCCGGCCGAUACACCGACGCCCAGCCAGCGACCCGCGACGGAGCACAGGGCGGAAACCCAGCCGAAAGCUGCCGAUGAUUCACACAGAUCGCAGACCACAUCCUCCAAAAUUCCCUACUCUGGACAUGAAGCAGUCAAAAAUACCGCUUCCAAAUGUUUCUUUCCUUGAACAAACUGAAAGCCAUUCUGAUGAAAAUUGGACUAAGGACCAAAACAAGGAUGCAGACAUCUAUGAAAAGCCAUGGUUUGCUGGGGAAUGUGACCGCAAGACUGCUGACCAGCUGUUGUUUCACGCAAAUGAAGAUGGGGCCUUCAUGGUGAGGAAGAGUUCUGGACAGGACAUAAAUCAGCCCUACACACUAGUCGUGUACUAUCACGGCAAGGUGUACAACAUCCCAAUCCGGUUUAUACACACAAGACAGCAGUAUGCAUUGGGGACUGAGAAGAAAACAGAAGUGUAUUUCCACAGUGUCUCUCACAUCAUUGAAAAACAUCAGAAGAAACCACUGGUGCUCAUAGACAGCAAGAGUAACAGCAAGGGUGCAGUCAUGCUGUGCUUUCCUCCGAAACGGCCAACCACAUCUGGACAUCACCACACUUCUGUGUUCUCCCCUAGUUUGCAGAACCCAAGGGGUCCGCAGGUCACGUGGCACUAA